UCAUUGAGGAGGCCAACUGGCUGACACUGGAGAAGGACCUGGAGAAGCCAGGGGAUGGGUUUGAUGCAGUCAUCUGCCUGGGGAACUCCUUCGCUCACCUGCCAGACUUCAAAGGGGACCAAAGUGACCACAAGCUGGCCCUGAGGAACAUCGCCAGCAUGGUGCGGCCUGGGGGUGUCCUGGUCAUUGACCACCGCAACUACGACCACAUCCUGGCCACGGGCUGUGCCCCACCGGGCAAGAACAUCUACUACAAGAGUGACUUAACUAAGGACAUCACCACCUCCGUGCUGCUGGUAAACAACAAGGCUCACAUGGUGACUCUGGACUACACGGUGCAGGUCCCCCCCACUGAGGUGGGGGCAGCCCCAGAGCUGAGCAAAUUCCGGCUCUCGUACUACCCCCACCGGCUGGAGGCCUUCACAGCCCUGCUGAAAGGUGCCUUCCAGGGGAAGUGCCAGCACAGUGUCCUGGGCGACUUCCAGCCCUACACGCCGGGGCAGGCCCACGUCCCCUGCUACUUCAUCCACGUCGUGAAGAAGACAGCCUGAGUGGGCCACCGAGAUGGGACUGUGGUGGGCUGAGAGCUGCCAGCAGCUCUGGGGACAAGCAUGGGGCUGGGGACAUUGCUGAGAGCCGCCUGGGAGUCCCCUCCCCUUCAUUAAGAACACUCGUGAGAGCUACUGG